AUGGCUGUGGAGCCGCGCCGUAAAACUGAUGACUCAGCGAUCCACCGACCAUUCGCUAAGUGCCACCGGCAUUGCGCUCGACUCCACACUAAACGCAGCGACCCACAGAAACCGCGCAUUCGACUGGUUCACCUCUCCUGUCAUCACCUCAACGAGUCCCUUCUUCCAGCGAACCGAGGUAAAUUGGUGAACGCACCCGUCCGACCGCACACGCCAUGCGUCCGAAUUGCUACACAACGAGCAACCUAA